AUGGCACCAAUUGUCAAGGUAGCUCUUGUGCAGCUAAACCCAAAGGCCAUUGCGCCAGCCGAGAACUUCGCCAAGGCCGAAUCAUUUAUUAGAGAUGCUGCAUCUCAGGGGGCCCAAUUAGCUGUGCUUCCAGAGUACCAUCUCACGUCCUGGGUGCCAGAUGAUCCCAGCUUCAAGCAAUCGUGUGUCGAUUCCCAGAAGUACCUCGUCAAGUAUCAAGAGCUGGCAAAGGAGCUCAGCAUCUGCAUCGUACCUGGUACGAUUGUGGAAUCAGCGAAGGAUAACGACGAGGAUGCCCUACUCAACGUCGCAUAUUUUGUAUCGUCCGACGGCACAAUAGCCGGUCGAUACCAGAAGAAGAAUCUCUGGCAUCCUGAACGUCAUCAUCUCGUCUCGUCGGCACAUGAACCGCACGAAGCUUUUGAUACCCCACUUGGCCGAGUCGGGAUGCUCGUCUGUUGGGAUCUCGCAUUCCCUGAAGGCUUCCGGGAACUCAUCUCAGAUGGUGCGAACAUGAUCGUAGUGCCCUCCUUCUGGACCAUGAAGGAUGUCACAGACGAGGCUUACGCACUGAACUCCGAUGGCGAAGCUGUGUUCCUCAACAGCACGGUUGUGACCAGAGCCUACGAGAACACCUGCGCCGUUGUAUUCGUGAACGCGGGUGGCCCAGCAGAAAGGGGCGAGAAGACUAACUACGCAGGACUAAGCCAGGUAGCAGCACCCCAUGUGGGCUCUCUUGGUCGCAUGGGCAGAGCCGAAGGAAUGAAUAUCGUGGAUCUGGACCUGGACAUUCUCAGGAUCGCCGAAGACAACUACAAAGUACGCGAAGACAUGCAGCGCGAGGGUUGGCACUAUGCAUACACACGGAUCAGAGAAGGUGGGAAGCUAUGA